AUGCCUCCACGCCGAAGCGCUCGCAGCAAGGGAAAGGAGAAACUUAGCGACGAUGAACGGAUGGAAGACCCCCCGUAUGUCGCAUGGAUGAAGGAGCAGCAAAAGCAGGGGAAGCCGUCCCCUUCCAUCAAGUGUAUUGCAAAGGCAAAGCACGACUCUGCUGGCGCCAGCACUAGCAGCGGUCCUGGGCAUGACAACGACGAAACUGGGGGCGACACGGACGUCAGCGACGACGAGCUUGAGGAGAUCGUGUCGGAAUCGGACAGUGAUGCCGAUUCCGACAACUACAAGGCCGGCAGUGACAACGAAGAGGAAGUUUCGGACGGUGCGGAAGUAGGAAGCGGUGACGACCGCAGCACACGUCGAUCGAAGAAGGAGAAGCGCCCGCCGGCAAAGCGCAACAAGCGAGUGUGGUCGGAUGCAGAGCUGACAUCACUCGCGGCCGCUCGUUGGAACACGAAGGACGACCUGAAGGCGAUGCAAGGGAAGCAAGGGAGCCAGUACUGGAAGAAGCUGCGAGCUCAUAUGGUUGAGAGGGACGCCACGUGGGACCGCGAUGAGGGGCAGAUGUCGAAUAUGGCCAGUCCGCCCGUACCACCUGCGGCGCCCGUGACUACGCCGCCACCAGCACCGCCUGCAGACGCAAGCGACGCCAACAUGGCGGGGUCGGAGGAUGUGGCGGAGCAGCACGAGCCUUAG